GAGAUUACUACAAUGACAGAUCCUCCAGUGGUGGAUCACCUGACACGACUGAAAAUCAAGCUCCUAGAAAAGAGACUAGAAAAUGAAGAGAACCUAGAGAAGAUGGAGUCACCUCUCCCAACUGCAAGGAACAAACAGGAGGAUAUGCUCCAAAACGCCCUAAGGAGAAGGAAAGAUCUGCUGCAGGAGCUUAGGGAGCAGCGCCUUCUGGAAGAGCUUUCACAGCCCCCUGCACCAGCUGGAGGACACUGUCAUAACCACCGAUCUGCCUCUCCGCGUAUCUACCAGAUACCUUUUCCAGCUUCCCAAGCGGAGCCACCAAGGAUUAUCCAGCAGGCGAUGCCGCCUCAGCCUGCCACCAUCAUCCAGCAGUUACCUCAGGCAUCCCCGCUGAUCACACAGAUCCCCCCUGCCCAGCCUUUUGCAGCCCCCCGCUCUGGAAGCAUUAAAGAAGAUAUGGUAGAGAUGAUGCUGAUGCAGAACGCUCAGAUGCACCAGAUCAUCAUGCAAAACAUGAUGCUGAAGGCUCUGCCACCGAUGGCGUUCGCACAGCCUGCUCGAACCAGCUCUCCCCUGCUCCAGCAUGCACAGCAGGAUCUGCAGUUUGCUGCUCCCCUGGCUGUGAAAGCAGACAGGCCUAGACUACCUGUGGUGCACCACCAUCACCACUACCCUCCCACCGGGAUGCUCCCAGUGCCCCAUGGGGGCUUCCCAUCCACAUCCAUGGCACAUCCCAGGACCGGCAGCACACUCCCUGCCAUGGCUACGUAA